UGGAAAGGAAAUCUAUAACAAAUAAAUUCAGGUUUCAUAUGCUAAUAAAAACAUAUCUCUAGGUUCAACAUCGUGGAAUAGGAUCUCAUCACAAUAUUAUUAUGAAGUGUUCUAUAAAAUAAACCAUUUACGUGCAUAUUGGAUAACUGCCUUUUAUUUUCUAAUGCAUGUUAAAUGAAUAAUUAUUGUAAACAGAAUUAUCGAUUACAGUGUCGUGAAAAUGAAAUGUACAUUUUAACUAGUUGAUGUGAACACAGAAACAUGUGCACAGCUAUGGAUAGUGCGGUAGAAAUAGACUUGAGCGGAACAAUUUUUAAAACGAAACGUUUAACACUUAAAGCCAUCAACGGGAGUUAUCUAUCAAAGCUGAAUGACACAGUGAAUAAAUAUUAUUUUGACAAAGAUCCAACGUUGUUUCGGCACAUAUUAAACGCUCAUAGGGAUGGGACUGUUCAUGUUCCAAGGGAUGUUUGCCCAAUGUUAUUUAAGAAAGAAUUGCUGUUCUGGAACAUUCCAUUAUCUCUAGUUGCUCCCUGUUGUUGGAAGUAUUUGUAUGAAGCGGAGUCGGAUGUUGAAACAUUCAAAAUUCUCCUACAGGAAGAAAACAAGUAUGAUUCUACGAAUAAGGUUGAUGAAGCCCAAGUUGGCAUCAAACAAACAAUGUUUGCCGGAGAUAGCAUGACUGAUUCAGAAGUAAUUGAGGAUGUUAACGAAAACCAGAUCGGAAAUAAGCGGACUAGAGCCUCUAGGGUCUGGCUUUUUCUGGAAGAACCCGGGUCCUCAGCCGCUGCCAAGAUAUGGUGCUUCUUUUACAUUUUUGUAGUCAUCCUCAGCGUCGUUGCGUACAUCAUAUGGCUGGAUCCAUCAGUAAGGGUAUCACAAUACCUUACGAAGAACCCUAAAGUCGAUGCGUUAGCUAACCAAACAAUAUAUGAAUAUAUGGUGUACAUAUUUAAUGAAAAAGUGGUGUUAUUAGCUAGCACUGACCCACAUCCUGCGUUGCUGUGUCUAGAUAUAUUCUGUGUGGUGUUUUUCAUUCUUGAGGCGCUGGUUCAUUUCAGCAUGUGUCCUGAUAAACGGAACUAUUUCUUAAAUGCGUACCACUUACUGAAAAUCUUUCUGUGCAUUUCCAUGAUAAUUUCUACGUAUUUUGAAUGCAGGAAAGAUUUACUAGAUGAACAUGACUUUAGGCUUGGUGAGAUAUAUCACGCUUUCAAAAGUUGUUACGCACUGAGACUUCUACUGAUAUUUAGACUUCACAAAAUAUACAAUGGGUUACACAUAAUGGUUUUAUCACUUAGAUAUAGUGUCAAAGAAUUGCUGCUCCUAGGGUUUUCAUUUUUGAUUGCGGUCGUCGUUUAUGGAUGCCUAAUUUUCUCAGCCGAAAUAGAAACGGAUAUGUUUCCAAGUACACAAAUUGCGAUGUGGUGGUCUCUUAUCACCAUGACAACGAUUGGAUACGGCGAUUUUUAUCCAACCACAACAUGGGGCUAUGUUGUAGGCAUAGUGUGUGCUAUAAAUGGACUGAUCGUACUAGCCUUACCAAUUGCUGCCAUUGCCUCAACAUUUAGCAGUUUAUAUUCCAGAAAUGCAGACUUUCAGAAGCAUAUGACAGAAGUGCGGAAACAAAAACAGAUACUAUGCGUGGAAAAAGAAACUUUGAUGCACUGUGAGACCUUUGAAAUAGUAUAGACAGCAGAAAUACUAAAGGGAAAGUAGUUUUUCCUAAUAUAUUAUGGCAGGCACCGAGAGACAUGUUUAACAAAUAUACUAAAUUGAGUUGUGAAUUGUUUCACAUAAAAAGUGAUUUGAAGAAGUUUCAUUUAAUUCUUCGGCUAUUCCUAGGAAAAGAGUCGGUCGAACAAAAAUGCAAUAGUUAUUAAGAAAAUAUUAGUUACAGCCUUUUAAACGUAUGUUUCAUAUAUUAAGUUAGGGGAUAACUUUAAAUGAUUUUUUUUUUAAUCGAGAUUGUAUUUAUGUCCGAAUAUUUAAGAAUCUUUGAACAGAUAGAAACUUACCUAAACAAAUCAAAACAAUUAACUUAAUAUAAUUUGGGUUAGGUAGUAAAUACAGCUUCGUGACCGUGAAAUCGUACUUAUUCAUAUAAUAUACAUUUUUUUGCAAAUAAAAAGAAACGCUUGGCAAAUGAAUAAGAAAAUAUUCAUAUAAAAUUCACGUUACAUACCAAAACC